AUGAGCAACGCAAAUAUUUCAUCCGAGGGAUCUCCCACCCCGCGCAAGACGUCCCGCUUCAGCGUCCACGAGGACUUGAAGAUCGACACCUCUGCGGAGACGCUUGCUACGGUGGUAGGCGCUGAUACCUUCCGUGCCAUCUACUCCGACAGCCCACCCCGCAUGCAAUCUUAUUACCAGUUGACAUCCAACAUGCAGGGUGUCAAGCGUCCUGGUUCUACCAUUCCAGAGGGUCUUCUCCCGCUGACGACUUCAAAGCUCGGCAAUCAGGGUAGAGCUCCUCUCCGCAACGCCCCGCUCAAGAAGCAGAAAGUCGAGACCGAAGCCGUCCCCGCUGAGCAACAGGAGACUAUGUACGACAGUCUGUUGGCUCGCCUGAACGACCACCAGAACACCAAGCCGCCGACCAUGGCUUCCUCUGAGUUGGAUAACAGCUUGAACAUUCCUGUCCGCGGUGGGGAGUACGACACCUCAUCUCGAACCUCGAGCGGCUCCAUCCCGAUCACUCCGGCCAGCGACAGGUUCGUUACCACGCCGACCACGGACCCAGACAUGGACACUACCCACAACCCUAACUCUUCCGAGUUCAUUCGUCUCCGCAAGGAGCUUGAGGCAACACGAAGCAAACUUGCCCGCGUGGACCAAGAACUCCAUGCUACCCGUCUCACCGCGUCUACCUUCAACCAGGCCCUGGGAACGCCAUCCGAGGCCGACUUUCCGCAGCACUACAAGGGAGACAUUACGGAGCACACGAUCAGCAAGCUACAGAAUGCACUGAACGCAGCCACCCGCCCAGUGGCUCGUCAGGAGAGCUGGCCGAUUCAAGACGAUGCCCGCUCUGAGACGAGCGAGGCCAUGUCAGCCGGGGCGUUCAACCGUGGCCAGGCUAUCUGGGGCAAUGGCAUGCGGCCAGCCUUGGGCAUUAAUGGUCCUCAUGCUGGUCAACAGCAGCAAUACCCGGCACCCACUCCAAUCGGCAACAACUGGGGCAACGGGAACGGCGUUCGACCCUCCUACAACACCAACGUCAAUCUUGGCAUGACUGCACAGCCGUACAGCGCCAUGCCCGCUCAUCAGCAUCGCCCAUCAAGUGGCCCUCGCAUGGACAACUAUCGCGGCAACCAGUUUCUAAACGAGCCCACACAUUUCCCCUUGGAUCGUAACAAUCGAGGGGCUAUUGGAGGCAUGAACCCUCCCAGCCGUCCAAACUCCGCAUUUGACGCACGCUAUGGUGGUCAAUACGCCCAGUAUUCUCCGUCCUCGAUGGCCACCGCUGGAAGCUUGAGCCCCACCACCCUAGGUCAGAUGGGAAUGCCUCCCAUGGGCGUUCCCGGCAUGUAUCCGCCUGUCAACAACCCGCACGCUUUCGCGUACCAGCAGCCGAUCGGAACCAUGGGUACUAGGCUGUCUCCUGAAGCAGCGGAGUUCAGUGUGGAUGCAAUGGCACCGACUCCAUGGAAUGCUCAGGUGAACGUGGCCCACAAUUUGGCGAGAGUUCUGACUGACCUCAGCCUCGAUCAGCCCGUUUCUAAUGCCGGCAGCGGCUGGAUGAACCCGCAAGAGCCCAUGAAUUAUCGUCGUCUUCUCGACCGCAACAUGAACUGCGACUGGAAGUAUAUUGUCGACAAGAUCGUCGGAAACAAUGACCAGCAGGCCUCAAUUUUCCUCCAGCAGAAGCUCAAGGUAGGCACGGCAGAGCAGAAGUUCGAGAUCGUGGAAGCCAUCAUUGCACAGGCGUAUCCCUUGAUGGUCAACCGCUUCGGCAACUUCUUAGUUCAGCGCUGCUUCGAGCACGGCACAGCCGAGCAGGUGAUUGCCAUUGCCAACGCCAUCCGUGGCAACACUCUCACGCUCAGUAUGGAUGCCUUUGGCUGCCAUGUCAUCCAGAAGGCCUUUGAUGCCGUCCCUGAGGAGUACAAGGCUAUCAUGGUCCACGAAUUGCUCCGCCGAAUCCCCGAAACUGUCAUCCACCGCUAUGCCUGCCACGUCUGGCAGAAGCUGUUCGAGCUUCGCUGGAGCGACUCCCCUCCACAGAUCAUGAAGUAUGUCAACGAGGCUCUUCGUGGUAUGUGGCACGAAGUUGCCUUGGGCGAAACUGGUAGUCUCGUGGUCCAGAACAUCUUUGAGAACUGCCUCGAAGAAGACAAGCGCCCCUGCAUCAACGAAGUCCUCGCUAGUAUUGAUGUUAUCUCUCAUGGCCAGUUCGGUAACUGGUGCAUUCAGCACAUCUGCGAACACGGAGCCCCAGCUGACCGAAACCGCGCCAUCGAUCACAUUCUGCGCUUCGCCACUGAGUACAGCAUGGACCAGUACGCUUCCAAGGUCAUUGAGAAGUGCCUCAAGAUUGGUGGCAACGAAUUCCUCGAUCGCUAUCUCGAGCGAGUCUGCGAAGGUCGUGCUGAUCGUCCUCGAAUGCCACUCAUUGACAUCGCUGGAGACCAGUUUGGCAACUACCUGAUCCAGUACAUCUUGACCCAUUGCGGCACACAGCACCGUGAGAUUGUUUCCAAUCACGUUCGCAAGCACAUGGUCUCUCUCCGCGGCUCCAAGUAUGGCUCUCGUGUUGCCAUGCUCUGCUGCAACCCCGCCUUCACCACUCGUCCCGGUCCUCCUGCUGGCAUGCAGCUGAACCGCUACAACUCCGGCACUUCCAACCGUGGUGGAUCAGCCUAUGGCGCCUUCCGUGCCAGCUAG